AUGAGUCGCGCCCGGGUGUACUGCGACGUGAACGAAACGCGCCCGCGCGAGUACUGGGACUACGACACGCUGAACGUGGCUUGGGGGGGGGAAGACGCGCUGACGCUGCGUGAGGAUGCGCUACCAGGCGCUCUUCGGCACCAAGAUAACUAUGAAGUGAUCCGCAAGAUCGGUCGCGGCAAGUACAGCGAGGUGUUCGAGGGCUACAACGUGGCCAACAACUCUCGCUGCGUCAUCAAGAUCCUCAAGCCUGUCAAGAAGAAAAAAAUCAAACGUGAAAUCAAGAUUCUGCAGAACCUUUCUGGCGGCGUGAACAUUGUGCAGCUGCUCGAUGUCGUGCGGGACCCGCAGUCUAAGACGCCCAGUCUGGUGACCGAGUACGUGAACAACACGGACUUCAAGACCCUGUACCCGACGCUGAGCGACUUCGACAUCCGCUACUACUUGUUCGAGCUGCUCAAGGCUCUGGACUACUGCCACUCGAACGGUAUCAUGCACCGCGACGUCAAGCCGCACAACGUCAUGAUCGACCACGAGAAGCGCCAGCUGCGUCUGAUUGACUGGGGCCUUGCUGAGUUCUACCACCCUGGCCGCGAGUACAACGUGCGCGUCGCCAGUCGCUACUUCAAGGGACCGGAGCUUCUUGUGGACAUGCAGGAGUACGACUACUCGCUGGACAUGUGGAGUCUGGGCUGCAUGUUUGCAGCCAUGAUCUUCCGCAAGGAGCCGUUCUUCCACGGCCACGACAAUUGUGACCAGCUGGUCAAGAUCGCCAAGGUGAAGGGCACGGACGAGCUGUUUGACUACCUGACGACGUACGACCUUGAGCUGGACCCGCAGUACGACGGUAUCCUGGGCACGCACACGAAGAAGCCGUGGGAGAAGUUUAUCACACAGGAGAACAAGCACCUGGUUUCGCCCGAGGCCAUCGACUUCCUGGAUGGCCUGCUGCGUUACGACCACCAAGAGCGACUAACAGCAAAGGAGGCCAUGCAGCACGCGUACUUCCAGCCCGUGCGCGAUGCGGCCGAACAGAAGCUGCGUGGUGGAGCGCAUCACACCGACGAGAUCACCAGCGUAUCCGACUCGAGCGCGUAA